CAGAGCGAAGCAGCAUAGGGCUAUGAUGACAGCAGAUACAUCGCGAAGACUAGAUCAGGGCUCGGGCUUCUCAUCACAUCUCACCCCUACAACACAUACAUUUACAGAACCUCAUUCACCUGCCGGAAAUGGACAGAUAUACUCACAUGAGAGUUCCCCUGGAGGUCUGUCAAGAGGCUCGCCUUCAUCCUAUAGAGGUCAUUCGCCUUCUGCCCAGCGUCAACAUUCUGUGCAUUCAAAGACGGGGUCACGAGGUAGCUCGCCAUCUGGCGGGCGUAAUAUGUAUCUCUCCCACUCACUAAGUCCCCUCGUACAUAGUGCCAUGUCAUCACCCGUGGUCCCGAUGUCUCGUGCGAUUGAGAGGUCCAUAAUUAAGGGCACGAGCGGUGUGUGUAAAGUGUCAUCUAGUGACAAUCAAGGUGUUCAUUCCAACUCUAAUGUCUGUGAUAGUAAAAUAGGUUUACAGAAUUCGGUCUUAAAACACUCGCCAGCGCAGCGAACUGUUACGGACCGGAUUCCGUCUAAUAGUGUUACUGCAAAACCGUCCGACUCUAUAGAUCCAAUCAUAUGUAUCAAAGAGGAAAAACCGUUUUCUGUACCAAAGCAGGUUCCGGUCCAUAAGGCUGUUUUUAAUAGCGAGAAAACAUUACCAGGCGAUAUCAAAUCUGAAAAAGAAAAUAAAAUCCAAACAGUGGAAUCGAACGGUAAUGAUAUCCGGAAGACGGAAGAGCCUGAAAUUGAGAGAUACACUUGUCCUCUCACAAUCGCAAUUCCUGGAAGUGCAGCAGCAACCUCAGUUAAUCAAUCCAGCCAUGCAAUCGCCAAGGAAAGCAAACCUUCGGAAACAGUUGUAGUAAAAGCCCCCCGACCAUAUUCAAAGAAACAAAUUAUCAUGAAUGCUGUCAACAAUGAUGAAUGCUUGAAAAAAAUUGUGAACACUGUUAGCACACCUAGACCUAAACCAGUACAAUACUCCACAUCGGAUCCACACCAUCUAAAUCAGAAUUGUUUACAGAACCCUUCUCCUACUUUCCCGGAAUCCCCAAAGAUGCCAACUUUGAGUCCCCAGCAGAAACUGUCUCCUGCCAUGGUGUCUCCUCUCAUCGGAGAUCCGCCUACCCUCGACCCACCUGACGUGUCUUCACAGCGCAUGCGUCAUGAUCAAGGGUCGAAAAUAUCAAUGCUACGAAAGUUUUCUGUCAGUGGGUUAAGUGAUAAGUCAGACAGUCGUUCAGAGGAAAAUAAUAGCGAUGGUGAUAUUCGUCCAUGUCGUUCAGAUCAUUCCACAAUGGGAGGUAACUCCUUCAGUAAAUGGACGUGUUAUAGUAAAAACAUUCCCGUCGCCAACGUAUCCCCGAUGGUACACGGACACAAUACAGCUCCACCAAAACCGAAAUCUGACGUCAGUAGACCAGACUCGUGUGAUCAUCCCAAAUGUGACACCGAUUCCAAGCAAUCAGAUGAUCGGAAACCGUCCAGUAUCAGUGUCACUGAAACGUUUGGUGAUCUAAAGUUUGACGAACGUUUUAUGGACGAUGAUUUAAUAGUGUUAGAUAAAGAGCACAUCUCUAAUUUUUCAAGGUCACGUAGCAUAGUGAAAAGUUUAAAUCGACAAAAACAAAUAUCGGAUGAAAAGACGGGCGAGAGUAAAACCGCUCUACCUGACUCGUUUCGCAUCGGUGUUGAAGAGGAUGACCCAUUCCGCGAGCGGAAGUCCUCUACAUCAAGAUCAGUUUCUGCCGACAAGAGUCGGUCUUCUUCGGCCGAUAAAGGUCGGUCGUCAUCGGCUGACAAGUCGCGAUCCUUACUAGCAGAGAUCGCCAAUUCGGAUGGCUACGUCGCCGAGACAAAGGUGAAGACAAAGACCGAUGACCUUCUGACCGAUGACCCUGCAAACCUUGGUCGCGAGGAGAGGGCUUUAUUGAGAGCUAUUAAAAGAUUCGAAGAAAUGGAAGAAAGAACUGACCAACCUCCCACAUCUCCUAAAACAACCAAACAAUCAAACACAAAACUUAAGGCUGACGAGAUUCGGAGAAAAGCCAGGGGUACUAAACAGAGAAUGAGUAGGACCGACCGGUUACUUGGGAGGCAGAAAUGGAUUGGCAGGAGAAAGAAGAAGAAGAAGAUUGCCAAACCCAAGGGCUUCAUUGACUUCAAACCGAAAGUGCUUGAACCCCGGACUCGAACUCAGGCAGCUGGAAAGAAGCCGAUAUAUGACCGUAACGCAGCCUAUGACCGGGAACUCACACGAGAAGAAUGUCGAAAGGCUCUGAAGCGACGCGAGCGAUUACGCCAAACGGCGAGACGGAUUUGUCGACGAAUGAGUGAAAAACAGGAAAAGUUGGCACAAGAGAGGCGCUUAUCUUCAGAGGAAGCCACUGCGAAGCUGGGUUCUUCUGAAUCCGGGAAUGUCGCCGGAGAAAAUGGAAAUAAGCAAUCGGAAACGGAUAAUUCUGGCAUGUGGGAAGUCGGGGACACCAGUUCUGCACUUAAACAAACCCUUCGGAGUGGAAGGAGUAAAGGAGGUUUGAUGAUGACGCUUUUAUUUAAACCGAAACACUUAAGGUUCGGGCGCAGACACAGUCCAAGGCGCGGUGGAUAUCAACUACGAACCAACACGCUCAGGGAUGACAACGGCGCACGCUCAAAGCGCCUUGAACUCGGUAGCAAACUCGAAGGCGCAAGGCGCCGGGGACAGGAAGCGAGGCGGAAAUUGAACGACCAGCGAAGACGACACAGCAUAGAGCAACAGGAACAACGGGGUCCUUCGUUACCAACUGAUACAGUGGAUAAUUCUGUCAAUGGUCCACGUCCGUUAGUUGACGAAAGUUUAGAAGACACACCCUUUGCCACAAAGACCGAAUUCUCUAACGACGGAUCCUACCCACUUCCUGUGGAGGUGAAGAAGCUAGCUGUAUGUCGUGAUACAGGGGAAACCAUUCUCCACCGAGCGGCUCGUAUGGGCCAUACGGAGAUCGCCCUCCAUUGCGUACAGUCCGGGCGCGUGGAGGUGAACGUGCGGGAUAACGCCGGGUACACGCCACUGCACGAGAGUUGUGUGAGCGGACACCGGAGCAUCGCCCACCUCCUCCUGUCCCGCGGGGCCAACGUCAACUGUUCCUCUCAGGACGGCAUCAGACCAAUCCAUGAUGCGGUUGAAAAUGACAAUGUGGGACUUGUACGUAUGUUGUUGGCCUUCGGUGCCGACCCGACGUUGUCGACGUAUGGCGGGAAAACUCCGUUAACGAUCGCCCGAACGGACAGGAUGAAGAACCUCUUACACGGUCACCUCGGAGAUCUGAAUGGCUUCGCAGACGACCGGGACAGCUCUGUAUGGGCGUGUACAGAUUUUGGAGUUGCAGCAGACGAUAAGACAUUCCCGGCAACGGAUAUCUUCACUAACAUUCCUGCUGAUCCCGCGGAAGAACACGAAGGGGACUAUAUUUAUGAAUCACGUGACCCAGAAUUUACAUCCUUUACAAAUAACAAGACAGAUAACAAAACAAUGUCUGGAAACCAAGUACUGUUGAAUGACGUCACAGAUUUUCUGCAACUUCAGUUCGAGGAUGUGCUGAAUGAUAGCAGAGUGAAGUCCAUGGUUUCAAGCGUUUCUAAAACUAGACUAGCAGCGACGUCUUACGGCCAGACUCAUCCUGAACGCGUAUCACGCUUACCCGGCACCUCUGGAAAAACCAUACUCUCGCGAGAUCUUAAGGAAGUAUUUGAUAUCUGUUCAAAGAGGAAAGCAGCUGCGAAAAGUGCCCUAGCCCAGUCGAAUUUCCCCCAUAAGUUUAAACAUUAUAAGCUACAAAGAGGAUUUGACUCUCGAUUGGAUAUGCCUUCUACAAGUGGACAUGCGCGAGAGACUUGUCGAUUCCAACCAGUCGGUCUGACAAAGUGCAAUUUUGAGGAAGUUGGUUCAAAAAAUUCAAUAUUGUCAUCGCGCGGAUGUAAAACGAAUAUUUCUACCCCUACCACGUCAUCAGAUUGCACGAGCGUUUCCGAUAGUGUUUACGACUUUGAUGACAUGAACGACGAUUUUGCUGACAUUGUCGAUAACUUUACAAUGAGAAUAGGUGCCGUACCAGAAGACUUUCGGGUUUUCAAUGGCCACCCGAGUGUGACAGACAGUAGUAAACAAAGUCUGGAUCCUGAUUUAUAACCGUAUCAACCGCCUGUUCGAAGAGGCGACAAAACGGAUGGACGAGUCCAUUUUUCAGACUGUCCGUUUAGGAAACAUAUCACGUUUUGGUCACUAGUGCAGAAGGUUGAAAACGUCAUUGGAACAGAACGACCAUCUGGAAGUGCGAAAUAAGAAUAAUUAAAACAAAACUGGCUUCAGGGCCAAUAUAUAUAUGGUCGGAGGUUUAACCGACCCUGGUCAUAGGUUGACAAAUUUACAUGGAACCUAUUUAUUCUGCGACCAUUAUGAGACCCCAUGCGGAAGCAGCAUUUAAUUGUAUUUAAAUGAUGUGUCACAUACAGAUGGUAUGCCCUAUACAUCAUAAGUCCAUUUUGAGAGAUAUAUAGCAGAUAUGUGGAAUCGUCAUUUUAAAUGAUAGAUAACGAUACGUUUUUAAUUAUUGGAUAAUUAAACUUUUAAUUUUGUUUGGCGGCGGUAUGAAGGAUCGUAUUUGAUGAAGCAACGCUUGUUUUAGUGAUUUCAACAGGUCCCGAUUUUUUUUAUUGGAUGAUGGUACGUGUAAACUAUAUUAUAGGCUGAUGUCGAUAUUAAUUUUUUCGAGGUUUACAAAGUGUUUUAAGAUGUGUGAUGUACACAUGUAACAUCACACAGUCUAGGAACGUCCAGUAUCCAUGUCGGGGUGCUUGCAGUACCCAAGGUAUCUAAAUUUUAAAUUUUAGCGGAAUGGGUUGUUGAGAAUAUAUUGUCGAAUUUCAUUGGACAAUAAGAUACGGUCACGUGAUUAAGUAAAUGCCGUACUUAGGAUUUUAAACAGCGUCGUGUGUAAAUGUUUUAUGUAAGUUUUGUGCGUUUUACAUUGUUUUACAUAAAUGAUCUCAGCUAUAUAGUGCUUGUGUCGUGAAUGGAGGAAGUAUAUAACGAUUAUAUUGAUUGGUCAAUUGUGUAGUACCCGUAUGAUAGAUCUCCGCUAUUCAUGUAUAUAUCAAAGACUGUAUGGCCACUGUCUACAUGUAUAUAUCAAAGACUGUAUGGUCACUGUCUACAUGUAUAUAUCAAAGGCUGUAUGGUCACUGUCUACAUGUAUAUA